AUGGCCGCGACGUCCAAUUCGUCCCAAUCAUCUCCAAUUUCUGAAGUAACACCGAGCCCUCAUCCUGUCCGAGAGCCUAUCAACGCCGCCUCCCGCAACCGAUCGCCGUCGAAUCCCUCCUGGGCUGCCUCUCGCGUUGACCAUUCCUCCACCUCCACCUCCAGCAGCACCCACCGUCCACAUCACUUGAGCCACCAGUCAAUCAGCUCGCAGCGGACCGGUGGCUUUUUAGCAUUUGUUGACAGGACUAUCGCCGGUAUCACUGAACCACGGGUCCGGCCGCGCCAAUCGCUGAGCCGCAUUUCGACCGGGCCCGAGUUGCUCGCCGGCGCCCAAUCCAGCCCGGACGGGGGAUUCCGCACCGCCAGGCCGACCUCCAAGUACGCUCCGUCUACGAGGCUGACGCUCGUCGAAGGCAAGCAGCCAAGCCCGACUCUACUUGUCGGCAAUCCUCCUUCUCAACCAUACAGCGAGACGGACCCCUCUCUUCCCGAGCCGACCCGCCUUCCUGGCCUUGACAACAAGAUGCAUCAAACAUCGUCGCGGCUAUUACGCAUGACGGACGAUGAUCGUCCGUUCACCAGGGAUUUCAAGGACCUCUUCUCGACCCUGAUAGUCAGCCUUUUGCCACUGUCAGCGCAUCGGGUGCGGCUUACCAAGGUGGAACAUACAUUUCUUUCCGAGGAUGCCAUCAACAACCUGGGCUCGCUCAAAUUCUCCCAGUCAAACCGGAUGCCAGACCCGAAGGACCCAUCAAGGAUUGUAACGACUACUACGACGACAACCUUUUCGAUGGCUAAGGACAUGGCGCGCUCAAUCUGCCAGCGGUUUCUCGAGGCAAGAUUCAUCGAGUCCGCAGAUGGGAGGUAUCAGCAGGUAUACACAAUGAAGGGGUCGGUCUGGCAGCUGACCCCCAAGGGCAUCUGUAUCCUGGACCGCUUUUGUUCCCGAAACGGCAUUCAGCAGAAGCAAGUUGCCGAGCUCGUCGGCACGGCUAUGCCGCAGCUGGUGACCCUGGAGCGGGACGGACAAACGGAUAAGCUGGUAACAGACCGGGGCACGAUCGAGGUCAUCUUUCGGAGGUUUAUCGGCGCGAAUGGCCCCAACAUCAAGUCGAGCGUGAACUCGGCUGAUUCAGACUCGCUGAGCGAUUACAAGGACGGUCUUACUGGGGUCAAGAUGGCGCAGGAACGCAAAAUCGGCGGCAAGACGUACAAAGAGACGUUCACCGGAAAAGCAGCGACGGACUGGCUGAUGGAUUGCUGCACUACGGUCGACAGGAGGGAAACAAUCGAAAUUGCCUCGCUCUUUGUGGAAUACGAUCUCAUACAAGCCGUGCAACAGGAUCGGAAUUACAUGGCCGCAAACCCGGCCCACAAUCUCUUCCAGCCCACCAAGCACGCAAUCUACCAGGUGACGGCGAAGGGUCACGAGCUCCUCAACCCCAGCACCCGAGGACGUGCGUCGGAGAGCGAGGGCCUCUCGGCUACGCGAGCUGGCGGCAUAGCCCGGGACUCCAACACACAGCGGCUGGACAAGAUUCUGAACGAUCCUGCCUUGAGGUUGCUCUUCCGCGAGAACCUCCGCGAGACUCAUUGCGAAGAGAACCUGUCCUUCUAUCUUGACGUGGACGACUUCGUCCGGCAAUGCAGGCAAGCGAUCAGGAGCGUGCAGAAGGGUUCCAACAGUGCCGUGUCGCUUGAUGGGAUCAAGGAGAUCAUGGCCCAGGCAUAUGGAAUCUACAACGCGUUCUUGGCGCCUGGUUUGCCCUGCGAGCUGAACAUCGAUCACCAGCUGCGGAACAACCUCGCGACGCGGAUGACCAAGGCGGUAGGACAGGAUGUUGCCAUGAUCGACACCCUUCACGAAGUUACAGCUCUCUUUGAGGACGCGCAGAAUGCCGUCUUCAAGCUGAUGGCGAGUGAUUCGGUCCCGAAGUUCCUGCGCAGUCCCAAGUAUGAGCAGACGCUCAAGAACUACGACUUUGACGCCAUCACGACGACUCAGUCCCAAACCCGCGUUCCCGAGCGCAGCCAGAGCAGGUCUAACCGCAAAUGA